AGUUUUCUUGAACAAACCCCAACUAAUCUCUCUUCUCUUCUCUUCUCUCUCUCUCGUUUUCUACAUGGAACCAAUGUAAAAUUGAGAAAGAGACUUGGGGCAUAACCAAACAUAAAGCGUUGAAAUCGUGUUCAGAGAUCGGUUGAGAGGUGUUUGUUUUAAGAACAUUCAGGAACGAACCGUGUGAUCUAAGCCUUUUUAAUUUUUUCUCUUGUUAAUUGUUGUGAGUUCAUAAGUUAGUUUGCAUUACAAGAAAUAAGGGAGAUUUUGGUGUUCAUUAUUUGGGGAUUUUCAGAAGAAAAAAAUGCAGCUGAAAUCAUUCUUGAGGUCAUCAUCAUUGGGCAGCAGCUCAAAACGAUCGAGUUACAGUAGAAAUUUUGACUUACCGGAUGAUACGGUGCCGGCGGAGACGUUAGACAUCGGCGGGGAGUAUGUGGGAGGAGCAAUGUUGCCAAUUUUCCUGAAUGAUUUGAGGAGAAAUAAUGAUCAAGAUUUAGUGGAAGUUACACUUGAAUUGGAUGAUAAUUCAAUUGUUUUGUGUAGCGUAGCGCCAACACCAUCACACGUUAAUGCUGAAGGGAGUGAUGAAGGCGAAGAAGAAGCUCCAAAUGGGUUUCUAGCACGUAGUGCAUCGGCGGCCUCCAAAAUUCGUAGGAAAUUCUCAUGGACCCGAUCACCGUCCGUGAGAUCACGGACGUCAGCGGGGGCAUCGGAGGUGGCCGAUGAUAAUUUUCAACAACAUCGUAAUCAUAACACUUUGUUGGCACGAGAGGAGAUGAAAUCGAAAUUGAAGCUAGUAAGGAGUAAAUCAGCGGCUCAACGUGCGCUGGGAGGGUUGAGAUUCAUAAGCAAAACAACUAGUGAAUCAGACACAAAUGUGCUAUGGAAAAAAGUGGAGGCUCGGUUUCAUGCUUUGGCAAAGGACGGUUUACUAGCCAGAGAAGAUUUUGGUGAAUGCAUUGGAAUGAUGGAUUCGAAGGAGUUUGCAGUCGGGGUUUUUGAUGCACUAGUACGGCGGCGGCGUCAAAGGACGACAAAGAUAACCAAAACUGAGCUUCACGAAUUUUGGUUACAGAUUUCUGACCAAAGUUUUGACGCUCGUCUUCAAAUUUUCUUUGACAUGGCGGAUAGUAAUGGAGAUGGAAAAAUCACGAGAGAUGAAGUUCAAGAGCUAAUUAUGCUAAGUGCAUCGGCCAAUAAGUUGUCGAAGUUGAAGGAACGUGCAGCCGAGUAUGCUUCUUUAAUUAUGGAGGAAUUGGACCCUGAAGGUCUUGGUUACAUUGAGUUAUGGCAAUUGGAAACGCUUCUUCUACAAAGGGACAAUUACAUGAACUACAGCAGACCUUUAAGCACAACAAGUGUUGGAUGGGGUCAGAAUUUAGGAACUCGUAGUAAGACCAAGAACCUAAUAAAGAAAGCAAGCUAUGCACUCAAAUGCAUCGUAUUAGAUAACUGGCAAAGAGGCUGGAUUCUUUUGCUGUGGGCGAUGAUUAUGGCUGGACUUUUCACCUGGAAAUUCUUGCAGUAUAGGCGAAGAACAGCAUUUCAAGUUAUGGGUUACUGCUUGGCAACUGCUAAAGGAGCGGCAGAGACUCUUAAGCUUAAUAUGGCGCUUGUUCUUUUACCAGUUUGUCGUAACAUAUUAACUUGGCUACGGUCUACUAGGGCCAAGCUCCUCGUUCCUUUUGAUGAUAAUAUCAAUUUUCACAAGAUUAUUGCACAUGCUAUUGCAGUUGGAAUCUUGCUUCACGCAGGGAACCAUUUAGUGUGUGAUUUUCCACGUCUGAUUAAUUCAUCUCCUGAAACGUUUGCAUUGAUAGCUUCUGAUUUUGACAACGUGAAGCCCACUUACAAAAGCCUAUUGACCGGUAUUGAAGGUGUCACUGGCAUUGCAAUGGUGAUUUUGAUGGCAAUUGCCUUCACACUGGCAACACGAAGCUUCAGGAGAAAUGUAUUGAAGUUGCCAGCUCCUUUCAAUCGAUUAACAGGCUUCAACGCAUUUUGGUACUCUCAUCACCUUCUGGCAGUGGUGUAUGUGCUACUGCUGGUACAUGGAGCAUUCCUAUUCUUGGUUCACCAAUGGUGGCAGAAAACAACAUGGAUGUACAUCUCCAUGCCGUUGCUCCUCUAUGUAGCUGAGAGGAGUUUGAGAACAUGCCGAUCAGAACACUAUGCAGCAAAAAUUUUGAAGGUUUCUGUACUUCCAGGAGAUGUCUUUAGCCUUACCAUGUCAAAGCCUAGUAGUUUCAAAUACAAGAGUGGGCAAUACAUAUUCCUGCAGUGCCCAACAAUCUCCUCUUUUGAAUGGCAUCCAUUUUCUAUAACAUCAGCACCAGGAGAUGACUACCUCAGUGUGCACAUCCGCAUGGUAGGUGAUUGGACGAACGAACUUAAGAGGGUUUUCACAGAGGAUGAUAGUUCAACAUGUGAAAUUGGCCGGGCGAAGUUUAGAGAACGCGGGAAUGUUGAUCAAAGAGGUUUACCUCGAUUGCUUGUUGAUGGACCAUAUGGUGCCCCAGCACAGGACUAUCAAAAUUAUGAUGUCUUGCUCCUCGUGGGACUAGGUAUUGGAGCUACGCCUUUUAUAAGUAUCUUAAAGGAUCUAUUAAACAAUUCAAGAUCAGAAGAACUGGAUUCAAAUACUGAAACCAGCGCUUCAGAUGACAGCUGGACAAGUCUUGCAUCUUCAAGCGUGGCAUCAAGUGGAAAAAAGAAAUCACUAAGGACAAAAAGUGCACAUUUUUACUGGGUUACCAGGGAACCUGGAUCCUUUGAGUGGUUUAAAGGGGUGAUGAAUGAAGUGGCCGAGAUGGAUCACAAAGGUCUGAUAGAGAUGCACAAUUAUCUUACGAGUGUUUAUGAAGAGGGUGAUGCCAGGUCAACUCUCAUCAGCAUGGUCCAGGCACUCAACCAUGCCAAACAUGGUGUUGACAUCCUGUCUGGCACUCGGGUAAGGACACAUUUCGCAAGGCCCAAAUGGAAGGAAGUAUUCAACAAAAUUGCUUCGAAAUAUCCAUAUUCCACAGUAGGAGUCUUCUACUGCGGGUUGCCUGCCCUAGCAAAGGAUCUGAAGAAGCUAUCACAAGAAUUGACUUACAAGACAUCCACACGAUUUGAGUUCCACAAGGAGUACUUUUGAAAUAGCAAAUUUAGCAAAUAUGCGAGAUGGUAUUCUGUUUUUUCCUUCUCAUUUUUUAUAAUUGUCCAUAUGAUUAAGAGGAAUGAAUGUAUCAAUACAUACCGAUUCAGAGAAAUGUAAAUGCAUAUAUAAUACGAGUUACAAUAGGGAAAGAAGUCAGAAUAGUGAGUUCUAUCAAUAGGAGAAUGUAAAUAUUUGUCCUUUGGGAUCUCCACAAAAAGAUUUUUCUACUGA